UCUGUGUUGUAACAGUGGCGCUCGUGACUGAGCUGCUUGAUGUAGUCGUCGAGGAGACGAACACGCCUAUGCAAACAUACUGGUCGGAGGUUGCGCCAUCUGACCCAGCACUGCCGUCGCCAAAGGUGAGCAUGCCGUUUUUCCAGACGCAGCUGUGGGCAAAGCCAACGAAAGGCCCGAACGUCGUGCCCCCGAGGCCCAACGCAGCCUUGGCUGCCCCGAAGCACUCCGUAGAGUCGGCUAUGUCCGUGAGGCCCGCGGAGGCGCAGCUCAGGCCCGCGUCCAGCAGGGUGUAGACUACUGAAGUCGUGGUAUCGGUGGCGGUAGUGGCCCCAGGCACGGUGGAAGACGACGACUGUGUGGAACUGGAAGCAGAGCUAACGGAGGUGCUGCUCAUCGUCAUGCUCGCCGUCACGGUGGAAGUGCUGCUCGCAGUGGGCGUCGUUGCGGUGAUCGACGACAGCGUCGUGCUGGUCGCCGUGGGCGUACUUACGGUGAUCGACGACGAUACCGUCGUGCUGGAAGCAGAGCUGGUCGAAGUGCUGCUCAUUGUGGUGGUCAGGACGCCGAUGCAAAUAUACUGCAUGGUGGCCGAGGGCUGAGCCGUAGAGCCGGUGGCCGUUGCGAAAUAGACCUGGCUGGUGUCCGUUUUGAAGACGCAGCUGAAUGACAACCCGACGCCAGAGAAGUCCUGAAAGGCAGAGGAGCCCAAUCCGACGUAAGUCGCCGCCAUCGUGGAGCACUCGUGAGCUGUCGUUACGUCGGCCAUCCCCGCAUCGUAACAAGUCUGUCCUGUCGACAAGAGCGUAUCCUCCUUCCCCGAAGUGGUGCUCGUAAGACUCGACGUCACGGAAAAAGCCAUCGAACUGCUGCUGGAAGUGACUGUCGUGGUACUGGCCGUACUGCUCGCUGUCGAGAGGGUGGUGCUACUAGCAGUGCUAGUGGCCAUUCCCUUGCAGAUGAAGCGGUAGCCAGUGCUGCCGACUGUCCCAGAGCCCGUGGACUGUGAGAAGAGUAUGGUGUUAGAAGAUGUAUCGUAGACGCAGCUGAUUCCGAGGCUGGUGCCUGGGAUGGGUGUUGUCCCCGCUGGACUCAAGCCCACAGCGCUAGCAGCCGAGGAGAAACACUCUGCCGAGGUCGGCACGUCGUCGACACCCGAACCGUAGCAAGUCUCGGUUGCAGGCAGGAGGGAGUAAUCGGGCGGCGAGGUGACGGAGGUGCCAGUGCUAGCGGUUGUCGACACGGUCGAAAUCGACGUGGUGGUGGCGGUAGCCGACGUCUCCGUGCUGGUGAAGACGCCCGGACAGAUGUACUGGAAAAGGCUGUUGGGCACCGCGGCAGCGCCGGUGAUGGUGGAGUCCAAGACCUGACCGGACGAAAUGUCAUACACGCAGCUGAUCUGAAGGACGUUAGAGGGCAAUUCCACAGUUUCCACGCUCGGAAAGCCAACUGCCCCUUUUGCUAUACCGAAGCACUCGGUGGAAUCAGCCACGUCGCUAAGGCCACCAUCAUGGCACGUCACGCCAGCAGGCAUCAGCGAAUAGUCAGGAGCAGGGGUAGUGGUUGAGGACGUCGAAUCGGUCUGUGUUGUAACAGUGGCGCUCGUGACUGAGCUGCUUGAUGUAGUCGUCGAGGAGACGAACACGCCUAUGCAAACAUACUGGUCGGAGGUUGCGCCAUCUGACCCAGCACUGCCGUCGCCAAAGGUGAGCAUGCCGUUUUUCCAGACGCAGCUGUGGGCAAAGCCAACGAAAGGCCCGAACGUCGUGCCCCCGAGGCCCAACGCAGCCUUGGCUGCCCCGAAGCACUCCGUAGAGUCGGCUAUGUCCGUGAGGCCCGCGGAGGCGCAGCUCAGGCCCGCGUCCAGCAGGGUGUAGACUACUGAAGUCGUGGUAUCGGUGGCGGUAGUGGCCCCAGGCACGGUGGAAGACGACGACUGUGUGGAACUGGAAGCAGAGCUAACGGAGGUGCUGCUCAUCGUCAUGCUCGCCGUCACGGUGGAAGUGCUGCUCGCAGUGGGCGUCGUUGCGGUGAUCGACGACAGCGUCGUGCUGGUCGCCGUGGGCGUACUUACGGUGAUCGACGACGAUACCGUCGUGCUGGAAGCAGAGCUGGUCGAAGUGCUGCUCAUUGUGGUGGUCAGGACGCCGAUGCAAAUAUACUGCAUGGUGGCCGAGGGCUGAGCCGUAGAGCCGGUGGCCGUUGCGAAAUAGACCUGGCUGGUGUCCGUUUUGAAGACGCAGCUGAAUGACAACCCGACGCCAGAGAAGUCCUGAAAGGCAGAGGAGCCCAAUCCGACGUAAGUCGCCGCCAUCGUGGAGCACUCGUGAGCUGUCGUUACGUCGGCCAUCCCCGCAUCGUAACAAGUCUGUCCUGUCGACAAGAGCGUAUCCUCCUUCCCCGAAGUGGUGCUCGUAAGACUCGACGUCACGGAAAAAGCCAUCGAACUGCUGCUGGAAGUGACUGUCGUGGUACUGGCCGUACUGCUCGCUGUCGAGAGGGUGGUGCUACUAGCAGUGCUAGUGGCCAUUCCCUUGCAGAUGAAGCGGUAGCCAGUGCUGCCGACUGUCCCAGAGCCCGUGGACUGUGAGAAGAGUAUGGUGUUAGAAGAUGUAUCGUAGACGCAGCUGAUUCCGAGGCUGGUGCCUGGGAUGGGUGUUGUCCCCGCUGGACUCAAGCCCACAGCGCUAGCAGCCGAGGAGAAACACUCUGCCGAGGUCGGCACGUCGUCGACACCCGAACCGUAGCAAGUCUCGGUUGCAGGCAGGAGGGAGUAAUCGGGCGGCGAGGUGACGGAGGUGCCAGUGCUAGCGGUUGUCGACACGGUCGAAAUCGACGUGGUGGUGGCGGUAGCCGACGUCUCCGUGCUGGUGAAGACGCCCGGACAGAUGUACUGGAAAAGGCUGUUGGGCACCGCGGCAGCGCCGGUGAUGGUGGAGUCCGCCGACCUGACCGGACGAAAUGUCAUACACGCAGCUGAUCUGAAGGACGUUAGAGGGCAAUUCCACAGUUUCCACGCUCGGAAAGCCAACUGCGCUUUUCGCAAUACCGAAGCACUCGGCGGAACCAGCCACAUCGCUCAGGCCACCAUCAUGGCACGUCACGCCAGCAGGCAUCAGCGAAUAGUCAGGAGCAGGGGUAGUGGUUGAGGAUGUCGAAUCGGUCAGUGUUGAAACAGUGGCACUCGUGACUGAGCUGCUUGAUGUAGUCGUCGAGGAGACGAAUACUCCGAUGCAGACAUAUUGAUCGGAGGUUGCGCCAUCUGACCCAGCACUGCCGUCGCCAAAGGUGAGCAUGCCGUUUUUCCAGACGCAGCUGUGGGCAAAGCCAACGAAAGGCCCGAACGUCGUGCCCCCGAGGCCCAACGCAGCCUUGGCUGCCACGAAGCACUCCGUAGAGUCGGCUAUGUCCGUGAGGCCCGCGGAGGCGCAGCUCAGGCCCGCGUCCAGCAGGGUGUAGACGAUCGACGUCGUGGUAUCGGUGGCGGUAGUGGCCGCCCUCCCCGCCAGCGGCAUGGCCCUGCCCGCGUCGCGCUCGUCAGCACUCACGGCCCCCGCGGCUGGGUCCGCAGAUGAGCGCGCGAGCACGACCCCUCCGGCAGGCCCCGCGGGGCCCUCCCCGUGGGCCAGCGCCGCUGCAGCCUCUCUCUCGGAGGUGGCGGACCGCUGCCGCCCUGACGGUGCCUCGGCCGUCGCAGCUGCGGGCUCCUCGGCCCGUGCUGCGGCCGAACGGCCCUGCCAGGCGUGGCGGCACUGCGGACAGCCCGAGCACUCCUCCACGACAGCACAUGCGGCGUUCCACUCGCCGGCUCCAGGGCAGCGCCGGUGGUCACAAGCGUGUGCAGCCGCCAACCCUCUGACCUCUCUGUCCCGGUCGCCCUGCGCGCCCACCUUCCGCAGCACGAGGAAAGCGGUCAACACCAAGGAGGCCAAGGCCGACGCGACCGCAAGGAGAGCAGAGCGCCGCCGCAUGUCCCUUAGGGACUCAGUGCAGCAUUGCAGCCGCGACCGCUCACUGCUGUCCUCGAUGCCUCGAGGCUGAAGCCACAGCU